GACAGUUAACGCUACAAUGUGAAAAAGGAAGACGUGCUUACUACUACUCUUUAGAUGUGCACCCCGCCACCAAGGUCCCAUUAUGCACCAAACUAAAGUUGUACUCCAUUCAAAUCAAACAAAAUUUUUCUCAAUCCUUUACUUUUCUUUUUCUCUAUUUCGCAUUUCAUCAAACAGUUGAUCGUCGAUCCAACUUCAUUAAUUCCCAGCGAUCAUCGUUGACGAUCAUGAGAAAACGUUUGUCCUCGUCCGUAGCACCACCACCUUCUCCGAUUCCCACAGGCAGAGGGUCACGUUCGGCUGUCGACUCAAUCUUGGGAGAGUACAUUGACCAAUCAAUCCACGUUCCUCACUUGACUCUCCCGAAAAAUACACAUCGUUGGGUGCCUGAUGAAAUCCAUUAUCCGUCACUUUUGCUGAGGGAAAAUGAUGCAAUGAAUAGGUUGUUGAGCUCUGCUGCUGAAUUCGGAGUGGUGAGGAUUAUUGGUCACGGCAUAUCUGGUGAAGAGUUAAGAACAAUGCUGACUGAGAAUGAAUGGUUGUUUAGAUUAUCAAGAGAAAAAUAUGCUAAUUAUGAUAAGUUCGUUUGGGAUUGGUCUGAUAACACGAUGGUACAAAAGGCCAAGGUUGCCAUAGGGGAGCAAAAUUUUCUAUUUUUCCGGCAACAGUUGGAAGAGGUAUUGAAGAAACUAAAAGGAAUAGCAAAAGAAGUGGAUGAAAUAAUCAGAUUGAGUAACAGUGAUGAAUCUUGGAAGAAAAUUGAAGCAGAAGAAGUAAAGAUGUACAUAUACAGAUGCACAAAGAACCAAUCGAGUAGCAUGGACCAAACAUGGCUUCCACCCCACAAUGCAACACUUGAAGAUUCAUUUAAGUAUGCUUUGAACCUUUAUCUCCCACUAGAACCACUUGAAUUCUCUGUGCAUUCAAAACGUGGUCGAUUGCCGUUUAUCACGAGCCCAGACACAAUCAUUGUCACUAUUGGACAUCAACUUGAGGAAUGGAGUGAUGGGAAAUUCAGGUCAGCAGAUGGAGAAGUAGCAUUGAAACCAAAUCUUCACAUAGAUCAAGCAUUAUUAUCGUUGGAGCUCAAGUGGUCAUUCACUAAUUUGAAUGAUGACGUCUAUAAAACAGAAAAGAGAAUUACCCUAUCUGAUCAGGUUUUAAUUUUAGUUAUAUUAAUCUUAGUAUACAGAAUGUUUCUGUUUAUGUGCACAAAUAAUUAAAUAAUCUAAAAAUAUUAAGUAAAGGAAAUGAUGUACAUUAAAAAAUUAUGUUUCAUUUUUUCUUUCUUCUUCCGGUUUCUAUUCCUUAAUAUUUUGCUGUUAUGUCAUGUAUAGUGUUUGGUUUUGUAAAGGAAAUGAUGUACCUUAAAAUUGGGAUUUGUAAGACAUUAAGUGCUAAAUGUUGUGGCGUGUGGUUAUUUUGCUUCUAGUUUUGAUUCA